AUGGAGCGCCUGCCGCCGGCGAUGCGUAAGCGCCUCUACAGCCUCCCGCCGGAGAUCGGCCCCAAGGCGUCGCUGAUGGGCGAGGAGGAGGAGGAGGAGGAGGAGGAAGGCGCCGGCCAGGACGCCGCCCGCAAGAGCAUCCGCCUCAAGCCCCUGCCCUCGCCCUCGCCAGGGGGCGCCCGCGGGCCCGGGGCAGGAGAGCCCGCCCGGGCCGGCUGCGAGGCGGUGGAGAGCGCCAAGCCCGGCACCAACGGGGACUGCCGCCGCUUCAAGGGGAGCCUCUCCUCGCUGGCCAGCGGCCGCCACCCGCCCGAGGCGCCCGAGGAACGCCGGCUGAUCGGUAGCGAGGGGGAGGCGGCGUCUCCUGGCGAGGACGGGAGCCCGCCGGGAGCCCGGGAGGCCCCGCCGGGAGGGUCCCCCGCGCCCGCCGCCUCGCCGCCCCCGGACGCGCCCGCCUCCGCCUCCGUCAAGGUGGAAGGGGAAGGAGGGACCGAGCAGAUCACCUCCGAGGAGGAGCAGUGCCUGGGCCAGGCCGGCUUCAUGCAGCGCCAGUUCGGGGCCAUGCUGCAGCCUGGGGUCAACAAGUUCUCCUUGAGGAUGUUCGGCAGCCAGAAGGCCGUGGAGAGGGAGCAGGAGCGGGUCAAGUCCGCCGGCUUCUGGAUCAUCCACCCCUACAGCGAUUUCAGGUUUUAUUGGGACUUGACGAUGCUACUCCUCAUGGUUGGCAAUCUGAUCAUUAUCCCCGUGGGGAUUACCUUUUUCAAGGACGAGAACACCACACCAUGGAUUGUUUUCAAUGUUGUCUCGGACACAUUCUUCCUCAUCGAUCUAGUUCUCAACUUCCGCACGGGGAUUGUGGUGGAGGACAACACGGAGAUAAUCCUCGACCCACAGCGGAUUAAGAUGAAGUACCUCAAGAGCUGGUUCGUGGUGGAUUUUAUCUCCUCCAUUCCGGUAGACUAUAUUUUCUUGAUCGUGGAAACCCGCAUUGAUUCAGAGGUUUACAAGACAGCCCGAGCCCUGCGGAUUGUGCGCUUCACCAAGAUCCUCAGUCUUUUACGUCUCCUGAGGCUUUCCAGGCUCAUACGCUACAUCCAUCAGUGGGAAGAGAUCUUCCACAUGACCUAUGACCUGGCAAGCGCCGUGGUGCGGAUCGUCAACCUGAUCGGCAUGAUGCUGCUGCUCUGCCACUGGGACGGCUGCCUGCAGUUCCUGGUGCCCAUGCUCCAAGACUUCCCGGACGACUGCUGGGUCUCACUGAACCGCAUGGUGAAUGACUCCUGGGGGAAGCAAUAUUCCUAUGCUCUCUUCAAGGCCAUGAGUCACAUGCUGUGCAUCGGCUAUGGGCAGCAAGCCCCAGUGGGUAUGUCUGACGUGUGGCUCACCAUGCUGAGCAUGAUUGUUGGUGCCACCUGCUAUGCCAUGUUCAUCGGUCACGCCACAGCCCUCAUCCAAUCUUUGGAUUCCUCGCGCCGGCAGUACCAGGAAAAGUACAAGCAAGUGGAGCAGUACAUGUCCUUCCACAAGCUCCCAGCCGAUAUGCGCCAGCGGAUCCACGACUACUAUGAACACCGCUAUCAGGGCAAGAUGUUUGAUGAGGAGAGUAUCCUGGGAGAACUGAGUGAGCCCCUGAGGGAGGAGAUCAUAAACUUCAACUGCCGGAAGCUUGUGGCCUCCAUGCCUCUGUUUGCCAACGCAGAUCCGAAUUUUGUGACUUCCAUGCUGACCAAACUGCGUUUUGAGGUUUUCCAGCCUGCAGACUAUAUCAUCCGGGAAGGCACCAUCGGGAAGAAGAUGUACUUCAUACAGCAUGGCGUGGUCAGCGUGCUCACCAAAGGCAACAAGGAGACAAAACUGGCUGACGGAUCGUACUUUGGAGAAAUCUGCCUGUUGACCCGUGGCCGGCGCACGGCAAGUGUGCGAGCUGACACUUAUUGCCGCCUCUACUCCCUCUCGGUGGACAACUUCAACGAGGUGCUGGAGGAGUAUCCCAUGAUGAGGAGGGCUUUUGAAACAGUGGCACUGGAUAGGCUAGACAGAAUUGGUAAGAAGAACUCUAUCCUGCUUCAUAAAGUCCAGCACGAUCUCAACUCUGGAGUCUUCAACUACCAGGAGAACGAGAUCAUCCAGCAAAUUGUGCAGCAUGACAGAGAGAUGGCCCACUGUGCACACAACAUCCAAGCUGCCGCUGCCGCUGCCUCUUCACCCACACCUGUUAUCUGGACACCCCUCAUCCAGGCCCCCUUGCAAGCAGCAGCUGCCACCACCUCAGUAGCAAUAGCCCUCACUCACCACCCUCGCCUUCCGACUGCCAUUUUCCGCCCUCCUGUAUCCGUCUUGGGUUCUUUGGGGCAGCAGUCGAACCAGACUCCAAGGCAGCUGAAAAGGCUCCAUUCCUUGGUGUCAUCAGCUGGACCUUCCAUCACGGGCUCCCCUUCUAGCACGCCAUCCCAACAGCACACGCCUGGAGCGGAAACCCUCUCGUCGUCAUCUUUCCAGAUUCAGCAGCUGGCGGGGUUCACCGCCUCAGCUGGCUUGGGCCAGUUCUAUCGGGCCUCCGCUGGCUCUCCAUCCGUCGGCUCAAGUCAGCAAGCCUUGGGCAGCCCGUCGUCCGCGGGACUGACCCUGCAAGAGCAGGGAGGGCCUUCCGAUUCCCCAGAAGGGACUGCUCAGCAGCAGGCUUCUGAGUCGGACAGCAACCUGUUGAGUGGCUUUGGUCCCUUCCAGAAAGCCCCUGACAGCUCUCCAUCUAACGCCUUCUCCCAGCUGUCCUCAAAUCCGCCCGGCAGCCCCAUCAGCCGCUUGCAGCCCACUUGCCGGCCACUUCAGGUGGAGCAGUCACAGCAACUCUCAGGAACUGGAGCACUGGGAGGGACAAACCACUUCCAGUUGCCUCCCUUGUCUAGUUCUCCGUCCUCUAGCUUAAGCCAGCUGGCACAGGCAACCGGAGGCUCCCCUUCAGCCUUGUGUCAAACCCAGCCAAGUGCAUUAGGACCUUCUGCUGCGCCUGCUGCAACCACCGCUCAGAUGCACCACGAAAGGUCACCCUUUGCCCCUUUGUCUCCAUUGAAACAGCCUGGCAUUGCCCCUUCUUUUUACCCGCCUUCAGGCCUUACUCCUACUAGUCAAAGCCCAGCGGCCAGGACUUUUCAGUGUGGCCCUUCUGGGGCAUUGGGCUCUCACGGAUCUCUGCUGCUGCCUCAAACCUCCAGCCCACCUCCACCAGUCUUUCAGCCGAGGAGUACACCACCGCUUCCACCCGGACGAUUCACCCAGGACCUCAAGUUGAUUUCUGCUUCCCAACCAUCUUUGCCCCAAGAAGCGGCUCAGACUUCAAGCCAAGGAUCCCCUCAUUCCUCCAGAGAGUCUGUUUCUAGCUUCUCGUCAUUCUCUGGAGGAGGAGGAGGGACGAGACCCCUAGGGAAGCCAUAUAGUUCUGUGCCAGGGAGAGUGACUCUACCACGCCACAUGUCCUCAGGUUCUCUGCCUCAACCACCGCCGUUGGAGGCCAGUCCCGUCAUUGCCCCAUUACUGACUGCUGCUGAAGGGAGGAAAGGAUCUAUAGGGCUUACUGGGGAUCGAGAACCGAUUCGAUCUAAACUGCCCUCCAAUUUGUGA